AUGUCGAGCAGUCCUAUUUACCUACAACAUCAAACUGACAGCAUCGAGUUCCAGCAUCCAAACCCAAAAUUUUCACCCCAGCACCAAAUACCUGAGCCAACCGAGAACUAUCAAGACGGCACCGACCUGAAACUCCACAAUGACAUAUACGGACCUGACAAGUCUGCCCACCACAAAACCGCGAUUCCUCCCCAUAAUCCGUUCUUUCAAUCCACAGUCGGAAAUCAUCCUGUCCUACCUGCCUCGUCCUCAUGGCCUCUGGACGGAAAUCCUGAAUUCUCUGCCUCGGAGGUUCAGGAGCAGCUUCCUUUCUCGCCGGAAUGCCCCUUCGAGCUAGAAAUCUUCCAGCAAUGGAAGUCCGGCCACCCAACCUACCAACAGGCCUCCGCACCUAGCGAGAUCCCCAAUUUUGCGGCUUGGACGGGCAACACCGACGCUGCCGAUGCGAACCAGGAAUGCCCGUCCUCAUCCAUCGGCCAGAACUUUUGCACUAACCCCAACAAAUGCGAGCUAUCGCCCGACAUGGCUGAAGCCAUGCACCGGUUUUCUGUUCCGCAUAUCUGUGAAUAUGAGCAAGCGAAGAAGCUGCUUGUUGAUAAGAUCGUCAACAAAGUCUUGCAAAACGCCGCCCCGCGUAUCAUGGCGUUGCUUGAGGAAGAGCUACAGAAGAGAGAGGAAGAGAUGGAUAUGGAGAUGGAGGAAUAUGAUGAGGAUAUGGACUCGGACUUUGAGGCAAAGCUUUGA